AUGGCCUCACAGGUUGGCUCCAUGUCGUCGCACCCCGACUCGUCCUCGCAACCCGCGCACGCCCGCUCGAUACAGUCGUCACGCACCUCAACACCCCGCUCGCGCUCCUCGUCGGCCAGCAGCGCCUCGUCCGACACGACGAUGCUCGAUGCGCCCACCCACCUCCCCCUCGCACCCGCCCGUCCACGCCAGGCCUCGGUCUCGCUGCCCCAGAGCGCGCCGUCCGCCUCCUCGUCCCCUUCCUCUUCUUCCUUUUCCUCUUCCGCCCAGCCCCCGCCCGCCGACCCCGCCUUCUCGCUGCUGCUCUCCCUGCCCCGCGAGCUGCGCGACCGCAUCUACACCUUCGCCCUCACGGCGGCCUACCCCUUCUGGUGGCCCAGCCAUGCGCCCGCCAAGCACGACGUCGCCGUCUCGCUGCUGCAGACGUGCAAGCAGCUCCACGACGAGGCCGCCCCCGUCCUCUACACCGCCAACAAGUUCCUCUUCACCCACCCGAGCGACUGCAACAUCUUCCGCGUCGUCGCCUCGCCCCACGCCGACCGCAUCCACAGCGUCUGGUUCCGCAUCCGCGAGAAAGACCUGCGCCUGUGGACCGCCUACCUGAGCAGCAAGAGCGCUGACCGCAGCCUGAAGGCCGACCUGCCCCGCCUGAAGAACCUCUGCAUCUUCAUGCGCUGUCUGAGCCUCGGCACCCCGCGCUUGCUGGGCCUGCUGGGCGUCCAGGGUGCAGGCGGUGCAGGCGGUGCAGGCGGUGUGGCCGUGCUUCCGCCGCCCAUGGCCGUGCAAGUCCAGGCCGUGCAGAACGCCGUGGGCCAGCAGGUCGCCGCCCUCCACCAGCAGUUCCACCACCUGGCCCACGCCGUGGCCGCCACAGGCCCGCCCGUCAUUGUCCCCACGGGCGCCCACCCCGGGCAGCACCUCCCACCCAUCCCGCCCCACACGCCCGCCGCCGCACACGCAAACACAGGACCGCACCACCACGCUCAGCCCCCACCCCCGCCCCCACCUCCCCCUGCAGUCCCCUUUGCUGCCUUCGCCGCUGGCGCAGUCCCACACCACCACCCUCAGCCUCCUGCCCCGGCCGCCGCCCAAGGACACCCGAACCUCAACGUCCUCACCACCUUUCUGCGAUUCGAGCGCGAGCUGGGCAUUGAAUCCCUCUGCAUGAGCUUGCGCGAGACACUGCACGACCCCUCACACAGAGUCGUGGCCCAUCAGCCCACAGCCCCAGCAGGCGCCGACGCACGCGGCGGGCAUCGCGAACGGCGGCGCCAAGACCGCGAGCGCGAGCAGGAGCGAGACCGGCGGAACGCCCAGAGCGAACACGGCGAGCGAGACAAGUCCGGCGACACAGACACGCCGCGAGAAAUCCCCGACGUCAAGAUUGUCUGCAUCAUGCGCGUCCCCAAGCCCGAGGUCAGCCGCCUGGUGCGCAUGUAUCCCGAGGAGCUGAGCGUGGACCGCAACGGCGACGCCCGCACGCGCUUUCGCCGCCUGCGUGGCGCCGACGUGUGUGUCGAGAUUAGCGGCUUCGAAGGCGUGCAGGGCUGA